AUGGUUCUGCCGGUCUCCGAGAGAGGUGUUAUGGCGGCCGGCGUCGAGGUGGCAGGAGCAGCUCGCCGAGCUGGGGCAAGUCACUAACACAGAGGGAGAAGUCACCCAAGCCCGACGGCGGAAAGUCGAGGGAAGGAGCAGAGGCCCCGCGGGGGUGACUGUGCCACUGGCGGCGAGGCCCCUGUAAAAGCCCAGGCCAGGCCUCUGCGUUUAUGGGCAGAACGCGACGGUUGGCUCGAGCCCCGCACUGCGUGGAAUUCUGAGUGCUUCGGUCGUAGUUGACCCCGCAACGCUCGAGGACGUUCGGGGGCGAGAAGUGGAUGGUUGAUGGUCGCGGUUUUCGGAGCGGGUCCAAUGGCUCACUGAAGUUGCAGCGAUGUCGUCCUGGUUAGGAGGCCUGGGCUCCGGCUUGGGCCAGUCCUUGGGUCAGGUGGGGGGCAGCUUGGCUUCUCUCACCGACCAGAUCUCCAGCUUCACCAGGGACAUGCUUCUGGAUGAUUUAGAAAACGCAGAAGCAGGUUUACCUAAUUGUCAGAGAAAGGAAGUUGAAGGUACUGAAUCUACACUAAGAUCCGAGAAUGAAAGACUUAAAAAGUAUUGUACUGAUCUGGAAGAAAAGCAUGAAGCAUCAGAGCUUCAAAUAAAGCAUCAGUCUGCAAGUUACCGAAAUCAACUGCAGCAGAAAGAGGUAGAAAUCAGCCACCUUAAAGCAAGACAGAUUGCACUACAAGAUCAAUUGUUGAAACUACAGUCAGCUGCUCAAUCGGUACAGUCAGGAGCUGGUGGUAUACCAACAACCACUGCACCGUCUUCAUUUGUUUACGGAAUGAGUAGUCAUUUUUCAGCCUUUCGUGAUGAUGACAUGGACUUUAGUGACAUAAUUUCAUCACAACAAGAAAUAAACAGAUUGUCAAUUGAAGUUUCAAGACUUGAAUCUGAAGUUGGCCAUUGGAGGCAUAUUGCUGAGGCACAGGGAACACAUAAUUCUGAUCAAAAUGAAAUCUGCAAACUACACAAUACUAUCAAGGUACUUGAACAAAACCGAAGUCGAGACAUAGAUGAACAUCAACAUGAAAUGUCAGUUUUGCAGAAUGCACAUCAACAGAAACUGGCAGAGAUAAGUCGCCGGCAUCGAGAAGAGUUACGUGACUAUGAAGAACGAAUUGAAGAACUUGAAAAUCAGUUACAACAAGGUGACUCAGGAGUUAUAGUAACUGAUGAGCCUAAAAUCUGUGAGAUGCAGAAGACUAUUCAGGUUCUACAAACUGAAAAAGUAGAAUCUAAAAGAAAGAUUGAAGAACUUGAGGAAAAAAUCAAAGACAUAAAUAAAAAAUUAUCUUCUGCAGAAAAUGACAGAGAUACCUUGAAAAGAGAACAGGAACAACUCAGUGUGGAAAAGCGACAAAUGAUUGAACAGUGUGAAAACUUGAAACUGGAAUGUAGUAAAUUGCAGCCUUCUGGGAUGGAGCAGAGUGCUACUGUGGCAGAAAAGGGAAAAAUUCUUCCACAGAGUUCAACAGUGGAAGAAGUGCUCAGGCUGCAACAAGCCCUGUCUGAUGCUGAAAAUGAAAUAAUGAGGCUAAAUGGUUUAAACCAGGAUAACAGUCUUGCUGAAGACAAUCUGAAACUUAAAAUGCAUGUUGAAGCUUUAGAAAAAGAGAAGUCAUCACUGAGUCAAGAAAAGGAGGAACUUCAGAUAUCACUGUCAAAAUUGAGCUGUGAAUAUGAAGUAAUUAAAAAUACAGCUUCAACAGACAUGAAUUUGAAUGUACAAUUACAUGACUUAAAACUUAACUUGAAGGCAAAGGAGGAAGAACUGAAUCAGAGUAUCAAUGAAAAGAAAAUGCUGAUAGCUGAGUUAGAAGAACUGGACAAUCAAAACCAGGAAGCUACAAAGCACGUGAUUUUGAUAAAAGAUGAGCUAUCAAAACAACAAAAUGAAGGAGACCUUGUAAUCAAGAAAUUGAAACAAGAUCUAGAUGAUGAAAAAAAGAGAGUUCAUCAACUUGAGGAUGAUAAAAUGAACAUAUCCAAAGAGUUGGAAGUGCAGAACGAAAAGUUAACUCGGAGUGAACAGAGCCUUAGUGAUUUGAACUUAACCAAACAGAAGCUUGAAGAUAAAGUAGAAGAUUUAGUAGAUCAGCUAAAAAAAUCACAAAAAAAUAGUUUAAACAUCCAGCAAGAAAACCUUGAGCUUAAGAAACACAUUAGACAAAUUGAAGACGAGCUGUCUAAAUUCAGAAUUUCUCUGAAUGAAGACUCUAAUUUUAAGGAUGACUUGCUUAAAGAACGGGAAGCUGAAGUUAGCAACUUAAGGCAAAAUCUUUCAGAAGUAGAACAGCUCAAUGAAAAUUUAAAGAAAGUUGCUUUUGAUCUCAAAACAGAAAAUGAAAAGUUGAUCUUAGCAUGUGAAGAGGUAAGACAUAAGUUGGAAGAAUCUAUUGCUGGUAACAAUCAAAUUUCUCAAGAAAAAGACACUAUUAUUGAGACUCUAAAAAGAGACAAAGAACAGAUAGAAGCCCAACUGCACCAGGCAGAAAAAAGACUGUUGGAAGAAGAAAACAAUUACAGGCAGACUAUUCGGGAACUCUCAAAUGCACGUAAUUUGAAUACCUCUGCCUUACAGCUGGAAAAUGAACGUGUAGUUCAACUCAAUCAAGAGAAGGACUUUGAAAUAGCAGGACUCAAAAAGAAUAUUGAGCAAAUGACUGCUGAUCAAAAAGAAACUAAGGAAAUUUUGGCAUCUCAUUUAGAAGAACAGAAGCAAUUGAUACAACUUAUAAAUGAGAAAGAAGUUUUUAUUGAAAAACUCAAAGAAAAAAGUUCAGAACUACAAAAGGAUUUAGAUGAGUGUUCUCAGGCCUUAAGAGAAAACGAAACUUUAAGGCAAACCAUAGAAGAAAAGGACAGAAUUCUUGGAUCCAUGAAAGAAGAGAACAAUCAUUUGCAAGAAGAAUUGGAAAGACUUAGGGAACAGCAGAAUCGAGCUGUACCUGUGGCUGAGCCUAAAACCCUUGAUGGUAUCACAGAACUAGAAUCGGAGGUAUCUCAACUGAAUGUAAUAAAAAAUCAUCUGGAAGAUGAAAUUAAACACCAUCAAAAGAUAAUUGAAGAUCAAAACAAGAGUAAAAUGCAACUACUUCAGUCUAUACAGGAGCAGAAGAAGGAAAUGGAUGAAUUCAGAUACCAAUAUGAGCAGAUGAAUGCUGCGCAUACCCAGUUAUUUUUAGAAAAGGAUGAGGAAAUUAAGAAUUUGCAGAAAACUAUUGAACAAAUAAAAGCCCAGUUGCCUGGAGAAAGAUGCGAUACUCAAACAGAGAAUUCUGAUAUUUUUCAAGAAACAAAAGUUAAAAGCCUUAAUAUAGAAAAUGAAAGUGAAAAACAUGACCUAUCGAAAUCUGAAACUGAAAAGUUAGUGAAAGGAAUCAAAGAACGAGAACUUGAGAUUAAACUUCUAAAUGAAAAGAAUAUAUCUUUAACCAAACAGAUUGAUCAGCUGUCCAAAGAUGAAGUUGGUAAACUCACUCAAAUUAUCCAGCAGAAAGAUGUGGAGAUACAAGCUCUUCAGGCUAAAAUUUCUUCAGUUCACUCCCAGGAUGUUGUUUACCUUCAGCAGCAACUGCAGACCUUCACUAUGGAAAGAGAACAAGUAUUUGCUGUUUUGAAUGAGAAGACAAAAGAAAAUAGUCAGUUGAAAACAGAACAUCACAAAAUGAUGGACAUAGUAGCUGCCAAAGAAGCAGCCCUCAUCCAACUUCAAGAAGAAAAUAAAAAAUUGUCCACCAAAUUUGAAAGUAGCGGUCAAGAUAUGUUUAGAGAAACUCUGCAGAAUUUAUCUCGUAUCAUUAGAGAAAAAGACAUUGAAAUAGAUGCAUUAAGUCAGAAAUGUCAGACUUUAUUGGAAGUUUUACAAACUUCUGGCACUGAUAAUGAAGUUGGAGGUGUUAAUAGUAAUCAGUUUGAGGAGCUCCUACAGGAACGCAAUACAUUAAAACAGCAAGUUAAAAAAAUGGAAGAAUGGAAACAACAGGUAAUGACAACAGUCCAAAAUAUGCAUCAUGAGUCAGCCCAACUUCAAGAGGAACUUCUACAACUUCAAGCCCAAGUUUUGGUUGACAGUGAUAAUAGUUCUAAAUUAGAAGUAGACUACACUGGUCUCAUCCAAAGUUAUGAGCUGAAUGAAACCAAACUCAAAAAUUUUGGGCAGGAAUUAGCCCAAGUUCAACAUUGCAUAGGGCAGCUUUGUAAUACCAAAGACCUUCUUUUAGGAAAACUUGAUAUUAUUUCACCCCAGCUCUUGUCUGCUUCAUCACUUACCUCCCAGUCAGCAGAGGUAGAAGAACUGAGAAAAUCACUGCAAGAAAAAGACGCCACAAUCAAGACACUACAGGAAAAUAACCACAGGUUGUCUGAUUCAAUUGCUGCUUCUUCAGGGAUUGAAAAGAAAGAACAUGAACAAACAGAUUCAGAAAUUAAACAGCUAAAAGAAAAGCAAGACAUUUUGCAAAAUUUACUUAAAGAAAAAGACCUCUUAAUCAAAGCCAAAAGUGAUCAGUUACUUUCUUCAAAUGAAGAUUUUACUAACAAGGUGAAUGAAAAUGAAUUAUUGAGGCAAGCCGUAACAAACCUAAAGGAGAGAAUGUUAAUUUUAGAAAUGGACAUUUCUAAACUAAAAGGGGAAAAUGAAAAAAUAAUAGAAACAUCCAAAGAAAAGGAAACGGAGUAUCAAGCAUUACAAGAGACAAACUUGAAGUUCUCUGUGAUGCUGCGAGAAAAAGAGUUUGAAUGUCAGUCGAUGAAGGAGAAAGCUCUUGCCUUUGAGCAAUUGUUACAAGAAAAAGAGCAGGGAAAAGCUGGGGAGUUAAAUCAGCUUUUAAAUGCAGUUGAAUCAAUGCAGGAGAAGACAAUUAUGUUUCAGCAAGAACGAGACCAAGUCAUCGUAGCCUUAAAGCAGAAACAGAUGGAAAACAGUACCCUACAGCAUGAGGUUCAACACUUACGUGACAAAGAACUACGCUUAAACCAGGAGCUAGAAAGGCUACGCAGCCAUCUUUUAGAAUCAGAAGAUUCUUACACCCGGGAAAUUGUGGCUGCAGAAAACAAAGAGAUUCAACUGAGAAAGAAAGUCACACUAUUGGAGGAAAAGCUAGUUUCAUCUUCUAACGCAAGUCAUCAAGCCAGUGUGCAGAUAGAGUCUCUGCAGGAGCAGUUGAGUAUGGUGUCUAAGCAGAGGGAUGAGAACGCACUGCAGUUUUCGCUCUCCCAGGAACAAGCAAAACAGUAUGCCCUGUCAUUAACCAACCUGCAAAUGGUUCUAGAGCAUUUCCAACAAGAAGAAAAAGCUAUGUAUUCUGCCGAAUUAGAAAAAGCAAAACAGUCUAUAGCUGAAUGGAAGGAAAAGGCAGAAAAAUUAGAAGGAGAAGUAUUGUCAUUACAGGAACGUUUGGAUGAAGCAAAUGCUGUGUUGGAUUCUGCUUCCAGACUUACGGAACAGUUAGAUCUAAAGGAAGAACAGAUUGAAGAACUUAAAAAACAAAAUGAGCUCCGAAAAGAAAUGUUGGACGAUGCCCAAAAGAAAUUGACGAAUUUGGUAAACAGCACAGAAGGAAAAGUAGACAAAGUCCUCAUGAGAAACCUUUUUAUUGGUCAUUUCCAUACCCCAAAGAGUAAACGUCAUGAAGUGUUACAGUUAAUGGGAAGCAUCCUGGACAUUCAAAAGGAGGAAAUGGAGCAGUUGUUGAAUGAAGAUUACGGUGGUGUUACAAAGUGGAUGACUAGUUGGCUUGGAGGAGGAUCAAAAAGUGUCCCCAACACACCUCUGAGACCAAAUCAACAAUCUGUGCUUAAUAGUUCUUUUUCAGAACUUUUUGUUAAAUUUCUGGAAACGGAAUCUCAUCCGUCUGUUCCACCACCAAAACUUUCUGCUCAUGCCAUGAAAUGUCUAGACUCACCAGGAAGGAGAGAGCAAGGUGCAAAUGUACCAGGAAGUCUUAAAGAUGCAGCAGAAUUCAGAGCUGGUAGAAGAACUGACAUGAGUCCAUUCUUGGCUCCACGUUCAGCAGCUGUGCCACUUGUUAACCUAGCUGGAGUUGGACCUGGUGGACCUGGGCAUCUGCUUUUGAAACCUAUCGCAGAUUUCAUGCCCACCUUUACACCAUUGCCAGUGUCCCCGGACAAUAGCGCCAGAGUUGUACUACAGGACCUUCUAAAGCAAUAGGUAAUUCUCAAGCCAGAGAUGAUUUAGCACUUUAAAGAAGCCAUAAACACUUUGUACUUUUUUUACAGAGUGGCCUUUUGGAAAACAAGGUCAUGUAUUUGUAGACAAAAAGAGAAAGAAAAAAAGUCGAGAUAUAUACUGGGUAAUUUGUCUUUUUUUUUCUUUUGUGUGUGUGUGUUUUUUUGCUAUAGGACUUAAAUUUUUUUUGUUUUCUUUGCUAUAGCACUUUUUGUUUAUAAAAUUUUGUUCCAAUGUAUCAGGUAAUCCUCAGCAGUAAUCAAUUCUUAUGUACUUUUGUGAGCAACUGUACAGAGGAGCAUUAGUGAACCAUUAGCUCCAACCUCUUUUUUUUUUUAUGAUUAUAUUUGUUAAAUUUAAUUGUAUUAAGAUAAAAAUGAUACAUUUAAAUAAUAGGAAAGAAGAAAAAUCCGACCCAUAUGAAAAAUAUAUAUAUAUCUCAGAUUUAGAGUAUAUGAAAACAAAAUAUAAUGUUGCAAAAGUUGUGAAUUCUUUAGUUUAUAGAAGAAAACAUUGUAAAACUACUAAAAGAAAAUUACAGUGGGGAGGGCCUGAACAUGAAGUUUAGUGGGUAAAUUCUAAGAUUCUUUUAAUCCAAAUAGUAUGACACCUAUCCAUUUUACUUAUUUUCAUUUCUAUAGAAAAGUCAUUUCACAUUAAUUCAGUUUUCUAGAAGUUAAAUAUGUCCAGAAGGAAGAGUAUUUUUGAGUCAAACCAAAAGUGGAAUCACAUGAACCAUUUCCAAUGUAAAAGUUAAUUUGUAAGAAUGUAUCAUUAAAUAUCUGGACUAUUUAUCUACCUGCUUUUCUGGGCUCUUCAAUAAUGCUUACAAACACAUUUUUUAAAAACAUGUGAUCAAAAAAAAGAAAGAAAAUAAUAUAAAUUUUUAAAAGAUGAAAUGCUUAACAAAACCUUUUUUUAAUUUUUGUAUAUUAAGAUAAAAGAUAAAUCAAAAGUUUCUAGCUUAAGUAGGUGAAAUCAGAGAAGAGAAAAAGCAGAUUAUAUAACAUACUUCUGUGACACCUGUAGUUUCUAAAACCAUUAAGAACAUUUUUAUUAAAAUUAACUUAAAUAAAAUUUAAUAAAUUUUAAAUAUAAAUAAUUCAAUAUAUUAAUUUAAAUUUAUAUAAAUUAAUAUUGUUUGAUUUAAAUUUAUUUUAUUUUAUUAAUUAAUAUUGUUUGAUUUAAAUUUAUUUAAUCAUUGUUUAUUUAAUAAAAUUAAUUUAUACUAAAUUAUAAUUUAUAUUUAAAAAUUUAUUAAAUUUUAUUUAAAUUAAUGAUUUAAUAAAGUUAAUUUAAUAAAUACAAUAUAGAUCAAAUUAUGUAAUUAAUUAUAUAAUUUAAUAUAAAUUUUAAUAAAAAUUAAUUCUAAUUAAAAUGCUCUUAGUGGUUUUAGAAAUUACAGGUGUCAAGAGAAGUAUUUGCUAUAUAAUCUACUUUUUUCUCUUCUCUGAUUUUACCUAACUUAAGCUAGAAACUUUUGAUUUAUCUUAAUUUAAAAAAAUAAAAAAGGGAAGACAAAAUACCUAGUAGCUACAUAUAUAUACCAGCUUUUUCUUUCUUUUUUCUUUCUUUUAAUUUUCUCUGUUUCAGCUUUUUAUUUCUUUAUUUGAUUUUCAAGCUCUUGUUAGGAUAGGGACAUGUGGUUUAUCUUUUUUAAACCUCAAGCGAUUUACACAAAAGAAAAGAAAGUGGCUUCUUUACAUAGUGCAGAAAAUGGACCCUUUAGAAGAACUUGUAUAAAAAGGCUCAGAAGAAGAUUUUCUCUGAAGAGGUCGCCAGUCCCCUACAUCUCUGGGUAUGUGGUUCAUGCAUACAGGUUGAUGUGACGACCACCACCACCACAGCCAUGAGACACACUUGCAUCCCCAGGGUCAGUGAAAUUACUUCCUUGCACCAGCACCAGCUGUUUAGAACUGAAGAAUGAAUCUUUAAUUUUUAUAAGCCCAUUAUAGAAAAUCCUGACUUGAAGCUUAAUUGUAUGAGGAUGUUCGUAUUUAUACUUUGAAGUUGUACAUUGAAGAGCUUUUUCUUGCAGAUUUUGUAAAUGUAGCAAUGCCUUAGAAGUAGAAACAUUUUGUAUAGCAAGAAAAGGUGAAAAUAAGACUAGUUAAAUAUGUAAAGAGGUCUGGCUCCAACUAGAGCGAAAUUUGAUUGUCAAUUCUGCUGUGAUUAACUGUAUAUUGGGAGACUGGAAAUUUUGAUUAUAUGUUGAUGGUUAAAACUUGUUUUUCUAAAAAAAAAUUAACAGGUGCACUGCUUCACACAGUGUCACUUCUCUUCUUAACCAACUUAUUUAUAUUGCCAUUCUUCCAUACAUUGUAAAGGAGGUUCCCGUAGCAGUACGUACGAGAAAUGUUCAACUGCCUACGGAGCUCUGCCCAGUUGGCAUCAUAGAUGCUCCUCUACUAAACCCCACAAUAAAUUAAAAACAUUGUAAAUUGAAAAUGCACGUACCACACCUUGUGCCCACCAGCACCAUGCUCUGCAGUGUGCUGCUUGCCCUGAUGAUUCUUUGGCUGACCGGAGCUGCUGCUCCCUGCUGCUGCCCCAUCAAGAGGGUGUUGUCCUACAUGUUGUUAACCAGGACAAGUGGAAUUCCAAAUUUAAAGUACGAGUUCUGCUGAAUAUGCACUACUUUUGAACUACCAUAAAGUUGAAAAAUCUUUUUUUUUUAAAUAAAAGCAUUUUUAAUUAUAAUUAAAGCAUUUAUAUUGUUCUGAGGCUUAUUUAGCCAUCUUCCUAUAAGGUUGAAAGAGUUAUCCCAAAAUUACUUUCACAUUACAUAAGAAAUUUAGUACACCAGUGAAAUCUUACUGAAUUUUAGACAAAAAUUACCUAAUAUGGUACAACAUUAGGUAAACUUUUCAUGGGAACAGGUAUCCAAUUAAAGAUUUGGAAAGAAAUUCAAGAGAAAAAUUAAGACUUCCAUAUCAUAAAUUUUUGCUUCACUUAUUUCAAUAUAUGCAGAAUACACUGAAUUUGUUUUGAGUAAAUUCUAGUAACAACUAAUCAAUGGUAGUGAAUAAAAAUUGACAUUUAAAAGUCAUAGCUAAAAUAUAUAUUAUUUUAAAGUGUAUAACUCAGAAUAACUUAAAAAGUGAUGCCUUGAUGAAAUACUGUAAAAAGAUUGCCUUUGCAAAGUUUGAGAACUGGAUUCAUAUAAAGCAGUUCCCCCCAAAUGCCCAAAUCUAGAAUUAUAAAAUAAAUUGGAGUUGCCAAAGUCACUUGUUGUAUUGGCUUAGUGUGUAUUGGCUAAAUAUUCUUAAUUCCAUCCUUUAAUUCUUAUGUGAAAGUUUUAUCCUGUUCAUCAAAUAUUAUCUUUGUAAUAAAGUAAUUAUUUUAAUAUCAUUUUUGUGAUGAAAACCUUUAAUAUGCAUUUCUUUACAAGCAAAAAUAAAAAUUUAUUCUUAAUGAGUA